GCGAGAGGAGCCCUGGGAUAGGGACGGUCCGUCCCCCCGCCUGACGAACCCUCCUCGCGACGAGGGAGAGACGGAACCCUCCUCGAUCCGGCCGGUAGAGACCUCGACUGCGAUCGGGUCACGAUCGCUCCGCCUGCGGCCUGAUGAGUGUGUCAGGAUCGGAGACCGAUUCCGUGGCCUCACGGCGGUCCAAGAAGCCCAAGUAUUCCAAGUUUACACAGCAGGAGCUGCCGGCAUGCAAGCCACUCUUGACUCCCGGAAUUGUCAUCGGCGCUUUCUCGCUCAUUGGCAUCGUCUUCGUCCCGAUCGGUCUCGCUUCUCUGUCUGCAUCACAGGACAUUGUUGAGUUGAUAGAUCGAUAUGAUGCCGAGUGCGUAUCUGCAAACGACAAGGUCGGGUUCAUUCAGGAUACCAAGACCGACAAAGCCUGCACAAGGAAGAUCACUGUGCCAAAACCAAUGAAAGGGCCGAUACACAUAUACUACCAGCUUGAAAACUUCUACCAGAAUCAUCGCCGGUAUGUCAAGAGCCGAAACGACAAACAAUUGCGGAUGAAGGAAGCAGCGAGUAUGAUAACAAACUGUGAGCCUGAAGCCACCAGCCAAGACGGCGCUCCGAUUGUGCCCUGCGGCCUCAUCGCUUGGAGCUUGUUCAACGACACCUACUCAUUUUCUCUCAACAAGAAGGCCGUUGAGGUGAACAAGAAGAACAUAGCCUGGGACAGCGACAAGAACACAAAGUUUGGCAGCGACGUUUUCCCCAGCAAUUUCCAGAAAGGCGGCCUAAUCGGUGGUGCCAAGCUCAAUGAGAAAUUGCCGUUGAGUCAGCAGGAGGACCUCAUCGUCUGGAUGAGAACCGCCGCCCUCCCAACAUUCAGGAAGCUCUACGGGCGAAUCGAGACGGACAUCAUGGCGAGCGACGAGAUCACGGUGGUGAUCCAGAACAACUACAACACGUACAGCUUCGGGGGCACCAAGGCGCUGGUGCUGUCCACCACGUCCUGGAUCGGCGGCAGGAACAACUUCAUCGGCGUCGCGUACGUGGCCAUCGGCGGCAUCUGCCUCCUGCUCGCCAUGGGCUUCGUCGUGCUCUACGUUCUCAAGCCGAGGACCCUUGGAGACCCCUCGUACUUGUCGUGGAACAAAGAAAACCCAGACAACCCAAACUGAAAUAAAGUCCGCGAAGCCCAUUGUGCAGAGUGCAGUCACAGGAAUUUGUCAGUGCCAUUUCUACAACUACAAUUCCUGUGGGUUUACAAGAAGUCGUUUGUUCGUGUCCAUUUGUUUUGCCAUACCCUAGAUAUACGCAUAUAGGUAGGCGUACUUGGUGAUAAAGUUUGGAGAAGUUUUAACCAUGUUUAAAGUUGCUUGAGCUGUUACUGUCCAUAAGCAAGCUAACUGAAUCUUCAUCUUCAGUAUUAAUACACGCCGCUCAGAUCU